AUGUUGUCGCGAAAUACUUUGAAUCCUGCCGAUAUUACCGUGUUGUUUCGAAAUUACUCCACCGCGGAACCACCGCCUAUAGAGUUGCUUCGCAAUCCACAAUUCUUAGGUAUCGCGAUACAACUACUGGUCGACGCACUUUUCAAACCAGGUGUAAAAAUCAAUCCCGAGCACAAGUCCAAAUACGUGUACUUGUUAGCUUACGCAGCCAGCGUGUGCGACGUUCCAGCGAAGAAGGGACAUUCGCGGAAAUUGAACAAAGACGAAUUGAAAACCACCGUUCAAGCCAUAGAAAAAGUUCAUAACAUUUGUAACAUCAACAAAGGAUCCACCGAGUUGAUAGCAGAAUUGCAAACUUUGUAUCAGUCUAUAAGAUUCCCCGUUGUAAGCGUAGGUAUAAUCAGAUGGGUAGAAUGUACCGUAACCGAACCAUCGUAUUUCAAAUUAUGCACGGAACAUUGCCCCGUACAUCUCGCAUUGCUCGACGAAGUUGUAGUUUGCCAUUCUUUGUUGCAUCCGAAAGUGUUGCAACUUCUCGUACAGUUGUUCGAAAGUAAACAAGACGAACUGGAGAUACUCGUGCAGUUGGAAAUGAAAAAGAUGUUAAUCGAUAGAAUGGUAAACUUAUUAAGCAGAGGUUGCGUCGUACCGGUAGUGUGUUACAUCAAACAAUGCUGGCAGCGCGGAGACACGGACGUGUCUUUGAUCAGAUAUUUCGCGACGGAGGUUUUAGAAGCAAUAGCUCCACCAUACACGGCAGAAUUUAUUCAUUUGUUUCUCCCUAUGGUCGAAGACGAAGAAAUCACAGGUACGAUGCGCGGUGACAGCGAAAACGAUCUCGUUUCAGAAUUUAUAGUACACUGCAAAGCACAUUGUCCCACUAUAAGGUGAUGUUUUAAAAGGAAAAUGGAUCGAAUCGAAGAAAAGCCGACGAUGGUAUCGUAAGAUUUUGUUUACUUUGCACAAGAACAUCGAAUCGCUAUACAUAAAUUUUCUUUACUAUUUCGUUAGAUUCCUUCCUUCUUUCAUAGCACAAACGUGCAACAGGAUUCAUCCAUACGUACGUACAUACGUAUUCGAAGAGUCAGAUGAUUUCUCCAUUAAUCUGUGAUAUAAUUUAUAGAUUUUCUGCAGGUUUGCCAUCUUUCCAUCGAGUGAACUUUACGUUUACUUCGUCACGUUUCAGGGCUUCCGAUCGAAGAUCCGCUUUCAAAGCUCGUCUAACAACUCUCGCAGCUAUUUGCGAAUAAUUGAUGUAAUUCAACCCUGCUCGUCUCCACGCAGACAUUUCUGCCGAUAAUUUUAUCCGAAGUAGCAAAGUUUUAAUUCAACGCCGUGACGCGACGAGAAUCGGAACGGAUCGAGUCGUCUAUCGAGUCGCUCGCGUCCAACGCGUAUAUAUCGGCACGAACAUAGAUGGUACAACUAGCAACAAUACCGUUGCAGAGUAACUCGCUCGCUGAGAACGUGCAAGUUUUAAUUUUAAAUUUUGCAAGAAAAGCGCAGCAAGUAGCCGGGAAUAAAUUACGGCCAGGUACGAACGUUUCGAGUAAUUUACGUUCACGUUGAAAGAACGUACAUCUCGUUGAAACUGAACAGCAAAUCAACUCGCUACGCAGAUCAACGUGGGGAUUUAACUCGAGUACAACUAGGGAUAUUUUCUUCGACUAUCUUAUCUCUCAAAAGAUGGAUUUAAAUCUACACUGCACAGAAUCGCGUACGCGCGGUAUAUUUUUGCGAACAAGCAAUUGUUAAAAAUUAUCGUCGUAUCGUAGGAACGCGCGUGUACGUACAUCACGCACACACACACACACACAC